UAAUCCAGCGAUGCAGUUAUUGCUUUUGGAAAGCACCCUUUAAAUGGAUCUUGGAGGUCCAUCCUUCUCACACCUAAAGAUCCUCUAAAUUCAUCUCUCUCUCUCUCUCUUUUUCUCUCUUUGCAUUGGGAUAAACUUGGAGCUUUGGAAGGAGGAGAGAGAGGAUGGGCAGCAGUUAUUUUGGUGAAUUGGGAUCGGGAAGUGGAGGAUCUACUUCCUCUAGGAAGGGGAAGAAAAGCAGUUCAGAGAAGCCAAAGCAACCCCAGAGAGGACUUGGAGUGGCUCAGUUGGAGAAGAUCAGAUUGCAACACCAAAUGGCCGAAUAUCCUCCCUUCCUUCACCCCCCAUUUCAUAGUAAUCCCAGAAUGGAUAACAUGAGAGUACCAGAUAUGGCACUUUCAUCAUCUCCCUCUUCCUCAAACAUGGUCUCAGCAUCUUCAGUCGUCGCUCUUCAUCCAAACAUCAUGAUGAGUUAUGGGGACACCGAAAGAAGACAUGUCACACUUGGUGAAUUCCACUCGAGUCCUCCAUCCAGGCCCCUCUCAAAUCAUAAUGCUACCUCUCUACCCCAGCAUCAUGCACCGCCAACUGUAACACGACCCAUCGGGGAGCAAACAAUGGAGAACUCGGAGCAGAAGAAGAUAAGGCAUGAUCGAAGCCACUCAACAGGUUCAAUGAGUCAGAACUCUGAUUCAAGUGACGCAGAAGAAGUAGAUCUAGAGCUUAGAUUAUCAAUAUAGACGCUUGAGAGAUACGCUUUAGGUUGAUGGUUUUAGUUCUUCUACAAUAAAUUUAUGUUGCCGUGUUAUAGUUGGGAUGAUAACUGAUCAUUUUGCUAAAGGAAUGCAUGUGAUGGGAGAUCCAAAACCAUUGAGAAGUUUGUUAACAACUAUCAGAACCCUUUCAGGGUGAAUUGAGAAACCUAUAUAUGUUCUUAUUUCAUUCUUU